CUCAUAUCAGGUGAUGUAAUCGUUUUUGAGUUGGUAGCAAGACGUAUUUUCAACAUUCUGGUUUUCCGUCCUAAUGGAAUAUAGGCUGUUGUUCCCGAGGUUGUUAAUAGUGUUGGUGUUGAAGAAGAGGAAGGCACAUAACAAAUGGAUGUUAGUGAAGAUUUGUUAUUAGACGACGAAAAUCAAGACAUGGAAGAUGACAUUGUAGACGUUGAACAUGAUGUGCCAGCCAUUGUAGCGGAUCCUGUGUUGGAACCAGACUUUGUUGACGUUGCACAUAUUCCGGCCGUUGUUCAUCAAGCCAACCAAUACGAACUAACAUGGUGUCCAUCUUUUCGUUUUCGGUUCCAAAAGGCAUUUGCAGCAAAUGUAGAUAUGUCUGUCCUUGAUGAGAUGGUAGUUCAAACUGAAGACGGGUUUUCAAUGACACUAGAGAUCCGGCAAGAAACGGCACAUUGGAAAAUGCUGCAGGCUGGGUUGGAAAAUGGAGCUCAGUUUUUGCUCCGAUAUUAUAGGGAUCAAAACACGUUGCGAAUUCUUAAUCCGAACCCCUAGGUGAUGUAUCUAUUGACAGAUAGCGUCAGAAGUAAACAACUAAUAUCGUUACCAAGCAUGUCGUAUGUGUGGUAACAGUUUUGGAACAAUUAUUACUAUAUAUGUUUUGUUUACAAAAACU